AUGAGCAAAUAUCUGGCAGAUGCAAAGCUAUUGCUACAGAAACAUGCCCAGGACAGGGCCCCAUCCUCGUCCGGCCCGGUCGCAUCCAGAGCGACCGGCCCUGCAACAACGUCUCUGGACUCGGUCGUCAACAAGCUGGUGCGUGCUGCCGUGGGUGGCAAAGCCGCCGACGUACCCGACGGCGAUAUGGAAAAGUAUGUCGUCGAGAUGAUGAUGAAGGAGGCCAGUGCCGCCAAGCGCAAAUAUGAGCAACGUGGGGCCGCUGCGUACUUUGACCAGGAAAAGCAAAGCAACCUGCCCAAACCAAACAAGCGAUUCCUGAUGAACAUCAUCAGGAGCACCGACGACCACAACAAGGCACUGCUGCGGUCAUUAGAAGCAGAGACCGAGGCACAACGCUUGGGUCGGACUAUGGGCCGAUCUGGCGAGAGCAUCGAGGAGUCCCCACGGAGUGGGGCUGUGAGGCCCACCGGCCACUCGGGCCUUCAUCUCAGCGACGUCCAAGCUCCUUCUUUCAGCCCGGAGCGGCACAAGCGGCGCAAGCAUGAUUCUGCCCACGAAACCGUCGCUGUGACAGAGAACGAGCCUGCCACUGUAUCUACCAAGCCCGUGCUGACCCACCGUGGCCGGGGCAGCGUCGGCUCUUCCCGGCUGGACAAGUAUUUCCAAGAUGACUACAAUCCCCGUCUCGAUCCCGACAACUUUGACGACGGCAACAUCGAUGCCUAUUACGACACAGUCGAGCGCCUCUAUGAGCAGGGGCAGGCGCCGAAGCAGAGCACGGAAGAAGAGCGGCGACACAGCGAGAAAAAGUCAAAAGACAAGAAAGCCAAGGACAAGAAAAAGAAGCGGAAGAAGGAGAAGGAUCGGAAAGAGGGGCGCUCGCGAACGGCAAAGCGCUCAUCCAAAAAGUCCAGCAGGGACAGCCCGAGCGAGAGCGAAAGCGACGGCAGCUCGUGA